UUGUUGUACCCAUGCGAUGUGGAACUCUAUUCCGGUAUUCCUCACACCGUGAGAUUGUGAUAGUGAUCAGUUGAUGAGUACACUGACAUUUAUUUCCAAAAUACCUUCCAAAAACUCCACACACACACUCUCUCUCUUUCCCUCCUUUACAACCGGAAACUGUCAUUUACGUGUUAUUAUCUCUCUCCUAUGUGCUAUGUCGUCGAAGUUGUGCUUCAACUCUGAGUGUAAAGUUUCGAAUUCCGAGACAUGGAAGAAGGGAUGGCGUCUUCAAAAUCACAACUUUGCUAACCUCUGUCAUCGUUGUGGAUCCAUAUAUGAAGAAGGAAGAUUUUGCGAGACUUUCCACAAAUAUGCAUCUGGUUGGAGAUGUUGCGAGACUUGUGAGAAGAAUUGACGGCUUUGAUUUACUCAUUUGAUAAAGCUGUUGAUCUUGCUGUGCAGCGAGUUCAUUGUGGAUGUAUUGUCUCACUUCAUGCUUUCGUGGUACUGGAUGCUGGGGGAAUUGAGUGCAUGCUAUGUGCGAACAAAUAUGUGACCCUGACACCCAAUCAGAUGGGCACACCUCCACCUUUACCUGAUUGGCUUGCACAAUCUCCUGUGAUGAAUGGGAAUCAGAAUCCUGGACUUGCUUCUAAUGGAUUAUGGCAUCAGGGAAAAAAUUUGUUUAACAUAACUACUAAUGAUUUGAACUCGGGAUCAAGGAUGUCCUUUGAAGUUGGUAUGUCAACUGGAUUAGAGAGACUUGAAAGCAAUAAACCUCGGAACUUGUCUUUCAGUAAUGGGAGCCUGAAGCAUAAUGGAUCAGAAAAGCCCGGAUGUAAUAGUGCAGUUGUCAAUUGCAAAGAGGAACCCAGUCAUAUGCAUCAGUCCACUCUGAAAGAUGGACAAUGUGCGCUACUUUCAGGAAAGGGAUCAAGUUCUCUACGAGAAGAUAAUGAUGCUAAAGAUCACAGUGUGCUAUCUCAGCAGCUUUACCCCCAGGAUAUUGCAAGGAGGCAAUUGAGUGCAGAUGAUAAUAAUGCAGACUCUUCUUGUCAGAGUCUGAUAUGUAAUUUUAAGCCAGUAGAAGUGGGGGUCCGGAAAGACUUGAAUGCCAGAUAUCGGCCCAAGAUAUCUGGUGAAGAGUCAAAACUGAUCUCAGGGAGUACACAUUCUGCUAUAACUCCAUUAUUUGAGAAGAUAUUAAGUGCAAGUGAUGCUGGGCGAAUCGGGCGUCUUGUGCUUCCUAAGAAAUGCGCAGAGGCUUACUUCCCUCCAAUAUGUCAGCCAGAAGGGUUACCUCUGAAAGUCCAAGAUAUUAAUGGCAAAGAAUGGACAUUUCAGUUUCGAUUUUGGCCUAACAAUAAUAGCAGAAUGUAUGUUCUGGAAGGGAUAACUAACUGUCUGCAAUCAUUGCAGUUACGAGCAGGAGAUACAGUCUCAUUUGGUCGCACAGAACCAGAAGGAAAGCUCAUAUUGGGUUUUAGAAAGGCUUCAUGUGGUCCUCAGUCUGAUCAGGGCGUUCAGGCUGUUAAAAGUGGGAAUGAAAUGCACGCAGGGCAACAUGCUGGUUAUCAGAAGCCUAAACAUAAGGAAGAUCUGACUCAAUCUCACUCAAAAGUGAACAAAGCUCCUGGAGCUAGCUCAUUUAUUCCAAUUAAAAGGAAGAAUAGCAUGCUGAGUUCAAAGAGGAAGCGUGAAAGGGCUGACAACGUGGACUUGCUAGGGCUCAAGGUAACUCUAGAAGAGGCACAAGGACUAUUCAGAUCACCUCCCAGGCAUUCCCCUUGUGUGGUAAUAAUUGAAGACUUCAAGUUUGAGGAAUACGAGGAUGCUCCAGUCAUUGGGCGGCCAACAAUAACUAUAAGAGAUUAUCUGGGUGAAGAUAUCCAAUGGACUCAAUGCGAUAAUUGUUUGAAAUGGCGGAAGUUGCCAUAUGAUUCUCUUCUUCCAGCAAAUUGGACAUGUGUAGAGAACGCAUGGGAUUUUGAGAGGUCAUCUUGUGAGGCAGCUCAAGAGCUCACUGUAAAACAGCUUCAAGAUCUCUUAUCCAUCAAUAAUUCUGAAUCAAUUGGAGCAGCUGCUUUUAAGAAGCUGCAGGAUGCUGAACUGGAUGCUCAUGGUCCUGAAGAUUUAGAAGCACUUGACAGAUUUGCUAUUGAAGGAUACUGUGAAGUUAGCCCAGCCUCUACCCCACCAACCAGCAAACACCCUCGGCAUAGACUUGGCUGCUCUUGUAUUGUGUGUAAUCAACCACCAAGUGGAGGGCCAAAACACCCACAAAACUGUGGAUGUAAAGUCUGCAUGACGGUCAGGCGGCGGUUCCAGACAAUGAUGAUCCGUCGUGGGAGAAACCACACAGAGAGGGAAAAUGUGAUUCAGGAAUUUAAGUCGCAGGGUAAUACUCGUUCAUCUGUAAAAUCAGACCCCGCCAUUGAGGUCCUGAAAAGCAGCAGCAAAGUAUAUGUCAAUGGUGACAGGAAAGUGAUAAGCACCUCUGUGGAAGGCCAAAUCGACCUGAAUACCCAGCCACAGCGAGAAGAAGUUUCAACUUGCUGCAAUUCCAUGGCUUUGAAAAAGCAAGAUACUCCAGAUAGAGGUGUGUGCAAGUUAGGCGACAUGGACCCUAAAAUCAGUGGGUAGUGAUUUUUCUUAAAUACCCCUUUUCUUGGGCAUGGUGGGGUUGGGGAGUUGCGAUAUUUUCAUUAGUUGAGUGUGUUUGAAAGUGAGGAUUUUAGGGGACUAAUUUGUACAUGAAUCCGUGGCAUCGUCCAGGUUUGCGUAUAGCGAAAUGAAUUAGGAGCGGAGAAGGUUGUUCAACCAAUGCACAGUUUUCACUAAGACUAGAAGGUAGAUCAGUUAGAGAAAUGGGCAAGAAGUUGAAGCUGUGUAAGAUUCAUUCAAGCUCAAUUUGCUUGCCAUUAGUACAAUAUUUAAGGUGUAACUGGAUUAGAUGUGUCCUCCAGUCUAUCAAUUGAAAAUUAUGAGCAUUUAUCUUCAA